CAACAGCUGAGUGGCUGAGUGGCAUAAAAAACGUCAAAAAUAUCGAAGCGGUCGGCGAGUCUUAUUAGAACACGUCAGUAUUUUACGUUUAUAAUAAACGUGUUUAACAAGGAAUAAGCCUUAAUCUUUUUAAAUAUUGAUACAUAGUGACUGAAUGUAGUGCGGUUUCAUUCACGAGUGUUGUGUUUCGAGAAAACUCCUGGAUCGAUAAAGGGCUGUGCCAACAUGGGGAGCAGCGGAAAAAGUAUAUUUAAUACAUUAAUCGCCCUCGUAAUUCUGCCUCUCGCUUGUUGUAAUGUACAGCCCCCAAUAGUCAACCCAGGUAUUCUUAGUCAGGCUAAAAGCCUCGGCGAGUGUCAGGCCUGUAAAUUAUUCGUGGAUUCGUUUAAAAAAGGAUUAGAACGGACUGCGAGAGGUAAAUACGAGGGCGGUGAUGCCGCGUGGGAAGAGGAGAAGCUAAAACUGUCGUACAAACGUAGCGAAAUGCGAUUAAUUGACAUACAAGAAGGAAUUUGCAAAGAGGGCAAGCACUCAGUUCAAUGUCACCAUAUGGCUGAAAAAGCUGAAGAGUUCAUUGAAGCCUGGUGGGCUCAAGACCCAGAUGAAUCUACUGACUUAUACAACUACAUUUGUAUAGAUAAAAUGCAAGUAUGUUGCCCAAAACACCAUUUUGGUAAAGACUGCACACCAUGCCCUGGUAAUCAUGAGAGGCUAUGUAGCGGGAAUGGCAAAUGCAGAGGAGAUGGGACUAGGAAGGGGAAUGGUACAUGUUUGUGUGACCCCGGGUACACAGGCGGGGACUGUGAUCACUGUAUGACUGGUUAUUACUUGUCUUACAAGGAUGAUACCAAAAUGCUGUGUUCCCCAUGCCAUGUUUCCUGCAUGGGGGGUUGUAGAGCCGGUUCACAAAAAGACUGCGUGGCUUGCAAGGCAGGCUUUGCCUUUGACUCUGACGAGGGCUGUUUAGACAUCAAUGAAUGUGAUGAUGUAAAUAAAUGUACUAAAAAUCAGUUUUGUAUGAACUCCAUUGGGUCGUUCACUUGUAUGGCCUGUGAUAAAUCUUGUGAUACUUGUCACGGAGAUGGGCCGGAUAUGUGCAGAAAAUGUGCCAAAGGAUACUCGAAGAAGGGAGAGUUUUGUAUAGCUGACAGGGAAGAUGAGGACCAAUCAGAAAAGCUGACAACUACAAGAAACGAGGAGUUAUAGGCCAUAAUAUAAGGAUACCAAUAAUGUGGUCAUUAUUUUGAGUAGGUACAUGACAUAUGUGGGGUUGCUGAUCGCUACCGGUAUACUGCUACCCAGAUCAACCUCUCUCGGUAGCCUCGUAGGAGCCAUGGUCCUCUCCUACAUCCUCGGAGCCGAGUAUUACUGUAUGAUCAACGGUCAUACCGGUUUAGUUGACCUGAAGAAUUUCGAUCUGGCCCAGUUGUUUCAUACUUAGUAAGAUUUUAGCCUAAUUUUCAAAAUUCCCUGGCAUUUUUAGGUACUUUAAGAUACAGUGAAGUGCGGUCGGUAUCUGCCAGGUCUUAGAAAUAAGUAGGUAAUCAAGAAAUUAAUAUAUUUGUAAGUCUUUAUCAGUCAUGGAUUAAGAUUGCAGUCUAAUAAUUUUAAAUGGUGUUGUUCCAUAAUGUUUUUGUGAUAUUUUUGUUUUAUGUCAGAGACAAGUUUUACGUUUUUUUUAUUGAUUUUUCAAAAGUGUGAAAUGUGAUUUUAUGACGUGAAGUAUGUAUUUUGAUUUAUUUAUCUUAGGCAUUUAUUAAAUUGUGUUUAUUUAUUAUACAUACUUAUUACAUGUAAAUCACGAAUUCUACCUCUUGUUGUCUACAUUACGAAAGGAAACCGUUGUGUAUUUAUUAUUAUCAUAAUUCGAUUUGAUUUAAUUCCAUCCAUUUUGAGAGAUUGUUUUCUAUAAUUAAUUUAUGGUAAUCUGUGUUGUUUUUAUUAAUUUUCGGUACACAGUGUAAUGAACUGAUUGCUCAUAAUAAUUAAAGAAUAAGCCACAAAAUAUUGUUUGUAAGUACAUACCUCUUUUGUUGUGAUCGUUAACUAUGUGAAUCGGAAGGAUGUGAAGAUCAAUUGCCCUUUAGACUAAAGGUUUUUGUACACAGUUUAAUAUACCAUAGACAUUAAAUAGGUACAAAAUGCACUAUUCUACAACCAUAACCAGAAACUAAGGCACCCAAGUUUGCUUUUUUUGGAGACCAAAGAGUUUUCAUAGUACAACAGCUACUAAAGUUAAUGAGGCGUAAAAUUGUGCAAGCCAGCACUGGCCACGUCCCGUACAAAAUGCCAUAGACAGCGGAUAGUGGCCCAUUGUGUACAAGAACCUUAGCCAUGGUGCAAACAAAUUAACAGUACAGUAUUGAAUGAACGUGAACGCAGCCAUUAACUCCUUUACCUUUGCAAAUAAAAAUAAAUCGUUUUACAUUGUC